AUGAAACUCCCUAUUUUCAUAGCUGAUGCAUUCACAGCAAAAGCAUUUCAUGGGAAUCCAGCUGCUGUUUGCCUCCUAGAAAAUAAACUGGAUGAAAACUUGCAUCAAAAAAUCGCAAAGGAAAUGAACCUCUCCGAAACGGCUUUUAUCCGAAAGCUACACCCAAAUGACAACUUUACUCAAAGUUCCUGCUUUGGAUUAAGGUGGUUUACACCACAGAAUGAGGUUCCCCUCUGUGGACAUGCUACCCUGGCUUCUGCAGCUGUGCUGUUUCACAAAAUAAAAAAUGUGAAUAGCACUCUCACGUUUGUCACUCUGAGUGGGGAACUGAAGGCCAGAAAAGAAGAGGAUGGUAUUGUCCUGGACCUGCCUCUUUAUCCAGCCCAUCCCCAGAAAUUGCAUGAAGUGGAGGACUUGAUAAAGACUGCCAUAGGUGACACGCUGGUUCAGGAUGUUCGCUAUUCCCCAGAUACCAAAAAGCUCCUGGUCCGGCUCAGUGAUACUUACAACAGGUCAUUUCUGGAGAGCCUGACAGUGAACACAGAGAAUUUGCUGCAAGUGGAAACCACAGGGAAGGUGAAAGGACUCAUUCUCACCCUCAAGGGAGAGCCUGGUGGGCAGACUCAAGCAUUUGACUUUUACUCCAGAUAUUUUUCUCCAUGGAACGGUGUGGCUGAAGACCCCGUAACAGGGUCUGCACAUGCUGUUCUCAGUAGCUAUUGGUCUGAGCAACUGGGGAAGAAACACUUGCACGCCUUUCAGUGUUCCAACCGGGGAGGAGAACUGACGAUUUCCCUGCGUUCUGAUGGACGAGUUGACAUUAAGGGAGGCGCUGCUCUUGUUUUAGAGGGCACGCUGACAGCCUAG